GAAUCAUCUUGGUUCCGAACGGCCAUGACCAUCUACGCGCGAUGGGCCAUUGGCCAACUAACCCUUCACAUGCACAUCAGUUCCGCGGGAUCUUGAUUUGGGCCAACAGCGAUAUUGGCCCAGGUUGUUAUGCAAUGUACAUAUAAACCGUUCGUAGAUGGCUUUCCUGCUUGUGUCUUUAGACUCAAUGAGUCUUGAACUGAACCGCUCGUUGCUCAACCUCCCACCUUCCAUCGAGGUGUUUUCUCGCUUUAGUAGGCGAUGGUACGUUUGCCAGUGGAGGUGGAAGAGCUCAUCCUCGAUCACUGCAUCGUCUCUGAUAAUAAAGCAAACAUGGCCUUCAUGUACUCAUGCGCGCUCGUCUGUCGCGCCUGGGCACCACGUGCACAAUACAACCUCUUCUCCUCCGUCUUCCUCAACAAUGCUAACAGCCAGCUCUUUAUAUCAGCUCUCCAUAGGAACCCGCAUUUAAAAUACGUAACUCGGUCUCUGGAGAUCGACCCGGAUGCCGAUGUUUGCUCGAUCCUCGUGCCGUUGGUUGGGAGGCUUGAGUUCCUGGAAGAGUUGACCACCUCUUUGAAUCUGGGGAAGGAGAAUCCCGCUUUAUACAUGAUAGCAGCGCAGUUUCACUCGAUCAGGAAACUGACGAUCGUCAUCCGUGACAAGAUUGUUUCCACCCGGAAUUUGAUUAGACUCAUAUGCUGCUUCCCCUUCCUCAAAGACCUCUCGAUUUAUAUUCCCGCCGGCAGUAUCCUUACGGACAACCCAUGUGCCGCCACCACCAAAAGCCAGAUUCAUCUUCGAAGGCUCUUUCUGCGCUGUCGGGGUUUUUCCGGGACAACACGGCUCUUCGAUUGGUUGGCGAACUCUCCAUCCGCAAUAAUUGACCUUAGAGAGCUCAAAAUGGUGUUUUCCUCAGCUGAAGAAUUACACCGUCAUUCAGACGAGAUAGCCCGUUUAUUGAGUCGCACUGGACGCUCUUUCUUGGAAACCUCUAUUGUUGUUCUGCAGGCGCGAAUACCUGAUACGGUAACACUCUUAAAUGCUCUAGCCCCGAGUAACAGCGCCAAUACUCGAGUUUCAUACAUAAAAUUCUCAAUGCGUCCCCUAAGCCCAAACACAAUCGAGUACUCUGUUCUCUUCCAGUAUCCAACUCAAACAAUCCGGAUUAUAUGGCGCUGGACCACACCUUGUCACUAUCUAUAUUACGCCUGCUACGCAAAGUGUCGUGGUCCAGUAUCGCCCUCAAACGCGUGGAACCACGAGUUCUGCCCCAGACGUUCGCCACUUGUGUCGCAAGCCAGCGAGACAAAGUCUCUCAUUGACAAAAAUGAAUGUUAUGACAACAUCACGAUUAUAACGAGGAGAAUAAUGAGAUUUUGCACGACGAGAUCCUGCUUCUCUUUGCCAUCAUGCACAUCGACUGUGGCGAGGUACGACUGCACCCCACAUGUAGGAAGCCCAUACUCGAGACUACCCAAGUCACGAUGCUCCUGCACGCAUCCUUCGCGACGGUCUUGGCGCAUUCAGUCCCAACUUAGGACGCAAAAUACCAUCCCGGGGCCCACACACCUGCAUCGUAGGGUACAGGCCUGGCCGGUGCAAAAUGUGGUUUCCCUCCGUAUUACCAGUUGCUGCAUGGCUGGAGACUUGGUUUUAACGGAGUCCCACAUGAAGGCAUGUCGAUGUCGAUAUACCGACGAACGGCGGCUGAAUUUGCAGUAUGCAGCAGGGUCAAUCAUACAGCCCCGAGGAGACAACGUGUCCACACAUAUGGUCAUCUCAUCCAUUUUUCGUUGGGAUUUGGUCAUCCUUGAUUGUAUUGUUGAGCGGAACCAUCCGCAUAUGGGAUGGAGUAUGUGCGAAUGCUUAUGGAGGUCAGAAUGGUUCUCUGGAGUCUGUCCGAUAUUGCAAUAUUGCGAACUCAUUCGAAUUGAAACACAUAGAUCUGCGAUACUUUCCUGCGCAAUGCAACCUCCUCUCAACCUUCAAACGGUACUUUCUCUUAUCAGUCACCUCAUACUGGAAUACGUUUUCAUUUUCCUGUAUUCGACUGAAACAAGCCGGACAAUCUGCCGCAUUACAUCAGGCCCCCUUGGCUACGGGAUGUCUCAUGGUCAGAGAUGGCGCUGAACAACGGUCUGGAACCGUUGGACGUAUAUGGGAAGUCUGCUUAUGGUGUCGACGUGUCUCGAAAUGCUCUUGCGUAGAGGGAUUGGUAUGUGUUAGAAUGCUGUUGGCAAGAUUGAACGCUCUAUGUUCUACAUCCCCUUCAUGCCAUCGUUUUCGGAAGAAUGCUGAUUUCGAGAGUCUUCCAGGCAGGAGACACGAUUCCGGCUUUUAUAUUGACAGGAACAUAUUCUGUACUUCCGUAGGUUAUGGUAUAUUGUUUGACAUUCGAGGUUAUAGAUUAUCUUUCUCUUGCCAUUGCGUAAGGGAUAAUCGAU